CGUCCAUCUCUGACCAGCUCGCUCGCUCGCCCGGCCAUGGCGUCGACGCCGAGGCGGACGCUGCUCAAGGUCAUCGUCCUCGGCGACAGCGGGGUCGGGAAGACGUCGCUGAUGAACCAAUAUGUGCACAAGAAGUUCAGCCAGCAGUACAAGGCGACCAUCGGCGCCGAUUUCCUCACCAAGGAGGUCCUCAUCGAAGACAGGCUAGUCACCUUGCAGAUCUGGGAUACGGCAGGGCAGGAGCGGUUCCAGAGUCUCGGCGUGGCCUUCUACAGGGGAGCAGAUUGCUGCGUGCUUGUCUACGACGUCAACGCUAAAAGAUCGUUCAAUACGCUCGGUACCUGGCACGACGAGUUCAUCAACCAAGCUGGACCAUCCGAUCCCAACCAAUUCCCCUUCAUUUUAGUCGGGAACAAGGUCGAUCUAGACUCUGGAAGCAGACGAGUGGUCCCUGAGAAGAAGGCAAAAGACUGGUGUGCCUCCAAGGGCAACAUCCCCUACUUUGAAACCUCCGCCAAGGAUGACUACAACGUCGACACUGCUUUCCUCUGCAUCGCCAAACUAGCCUUGGAGAAUGAGCACGAUGAAGACAUCUACUUCCAUUCGGUUGCAGAACAAGCCCCUAAAACCGAAGAACAGACAAGCGGAUGCGCCUGCUAGCACCUUGCAAUCUCAGCUCGGUGGAUACAGUUAUUUUCAACCAACUCCUUGCAGACCGUAGUUUAUUCGUCCCGAUGUACUACAAUAAAGUUCACAAAGAACCUGUUUAACUUAGAUUUGUAUAGCCAUACUGACUGUACCAUUGUUAGUUCCCAACGAAACGGUUGCAAGUUCUACCCGCAUCUGGAAAUAAAACUUACUCACUGUAAACAGUUCCGACGAAGGUAUGUGUAGUUGUCGAGCUAAUUCUUCGUCAGUUGUAUCUUGUAACUUCUCCAAGGCUUCAUAUGAUUGUAACAGAGCAUAGUGUCUA